GCGGCUGGAGGAGGAGGCGCUUUCUUGGUUUCUUUUUGGCGGAGCUCUGUUGGCCUGUGUGGAUCGCCAUGAUACAAGACCUAGUAAAGACCUGGUGGAGUCACUCCCUUGCGGCUCUCGUCGUUGCAGUCGUCUUCUAUCUCGGAAGGAGAAAAAUCAUGAAACUAAGAAGGAAGAAGAAGCAGAGGAAGGAGUGGGACAGCGUAGGUCACAACGUGGUCCUUCUGCACCAGUUCCAGCGAGGGAAGUUCUGCCCUAACCUUGGCCCCUUUGCGCUGAAGGUGGAGACUUUCCUUAGACUCGCCGGCAUUGAGUACAAGGUCGACACGGAAUCGCCGUUCGGGCCGAAGGGCAAAUGUCCAUGGAUCACCCUCAAUGGCGAGGACCUCGGCGACUCUGAGUUCAUCCUCGAGCGGCUCGCCAGCGAGUUCGACGUCGACCUCGACAGCCACCUCGACCCUCAGAAGGCGGCCGCGCUCGAGGCCGUCAGGAUCCUGGCUGACGAAUACCUCUUCUGGUACAUUAUCACAUGGCGUUAUUGGCUGGACGGCUGCAAGAGCUUCCUCAAAUCCCAGUCCUUCGCUCCUUUUCUGAGACGCGCCUUUCCCCUCUUCAUGAAAAGGGGGAUGAAGGAGAGAGCGAGACACCAUGGCAUCGGCAAGCACAGUCCAGAGGAGAUCUUCCAUAUGUGCAAGAAAGCGUGCAGGACUUUGUCCCUUGUGCUUGGCGAGUCACCCUUCUUCGGCGGGGAGCGACCCUCGACCGCCGACUGCGCCAUCUUCGGCCAGCUGGCGCAGCUCAAGUGGAAUGCUCCGGGAUCCUCCUAUGAAAGCAUAGUCACAGAAGCGUAUCCGAACCUCAGUGAGUACUGCGACCGAAUCAGAGCCCGUAUCUACCCUGACUGGAACCAGCUCCUCAAACCCGAGUGAACCGCCACGAACCACAGUCCUUCGAUUCCUCCACUAGAAGAUAAUGUGAUUUAUAUAUAUUCCAUUUGUAAACGUAUAUUCCUUACAUAUGACGCUGAAUAAUGUGACAACAUGGUAUGAAAAAUCGGCUUCAA